GAUGUCUUUGAAUGUGUUUGACUGAUUUCAAGGCAGUGCGACCGGCUUACCCACGCCUCACCUCCACCUCCGACAGCUAGAUAACUACACCCUAACACAAUGAAGAUCUGGGCAUCAGAGCACAUAUUCAACCAUCCUUGGGAUACUGUGACCAAGGCUGCUAUGCAGAAGUAUCCCAACCCAAUGAACCCCAGUGUGGUCGGGGUGGAUGUUUUGGACAGAAACAUCGACAAACAGGGACGCCUCCACAGUAAAAGACUGCUCAGCACAGAGUGGGGUCUUCCAUCCAUAGUGAAAUCUUUAAUAGGUAACGCACGGACAUACACGUACGUUCAGGAGCACUCGGUUGUGGAUCCCAAAGAGAAGACUUUCGAACUUCAGUCCUCAAAUAUCACUUUCACAAACUUGGUGUCUGUGGAUGAAAAGUUAACAUACAGACCACACCCUGAGGACAAAGAAAAAACAAUACUGACCCAGGAGGCGAUCAUCUCUGUGAAAGGAGUCAGCCUCAGCAGUUACUUGGAGGGAGUAUUGGCCAGCACCAUCUCUGCAAACGCCGGAAAGGGCCGUGAAGCCUUGGAGGUGGUAAUCAGGCGACUGAAUGCAGAGAUCGAGGAGCUGGCAGCGACAGCGCGCGGGACCAUACGAACCCCUAUGGCUGCUGCCGUCACCGAGAAAUGACACCUGCCGCUCUUUGCCAAGAGAAUCUGAAAGAAACUGCACGCCAGUAAACCGAGCCUCCCUUUAUGGUGCUCUGGUGCUGUUUUGGUGCUCUGGAGUUUUUGUAUUAAUUUAGUGUACAAUUCAUCCAUCUCAUAUACUUUUACUAUCUACAUUAGAUAUAUUUUUAAAAGCAGACGGCAGCAUAAAGGGAUCCUGUGGAGCAUCUUUAGGGGAUGCUGCCUGGCAGGGCCGCACUGACAAGAGACUCAGGGACAAGUUUAAACACCACUGUUAUCUGUGGGUUUAGAAACAUGUAGCUAAGAGGUAUCCGAGGCACUGGAUGAGCUGAAAACAAGGAAAGUGCCAAAGCAGACGCACCCAAUUUUGUCCAGCACUUUUACCUCAGAAAUCUUCUUUGGAAUGAACUCUCUUUGUACAGCAACAAUUAAAAGAAAACAUGUCAUGAUGAGAUGUAUGUAGGUGACUGGGAGGAAGGCUCCUGUCGAGACACAUUGGCAGAAAACAAUGCCUUGUUGAAGCAGGAGUCAAGUGCAAUGCAUGUCAAGGGUACGUGGAAAAGGUUCCGAGUGCACGUGAUAAAUUGUUUGGUUGACACGGUGACAUGUCAAUGUUUAUUUGUGCAAGAGAGGCAUCUCCAACAAUGUUUUCAUGUGGGACCUCAGUAAUAACAAGACACACUUCACCAGGCGACAUCUGUAAGCCUGAAUAUAAACUGGAUUUUGUUUUUAUGUGAUAACUAAUGUUAUUUAAGUGAAAUGAAGGGAUCAAGGUAUUUGCCAUAUUUAUGUUUUUGAAGAAACGUAGAAGACCUUCUCAAAUGCUGCGCUAGUGUAACUUUGAUAUCAAAACAGUUUAAA